UUUUAAUGCGUUGCUUUUGAUCGUUAAUAACGUUAAUCUUUUCGCUCCGUACAAGUACUGAUGUGAAUAUCUCAGAGCAUAAACGGCAAUGGUUAAUGCUUUAUGUACGCUUAAUCAUCACACUCCUUAUAUAACAAAGAUAUGACUUGUUUCACAUGCAAAUUCUGGUAAGAAAUUAAGAAUUUGAUAACGGCAUUGAUAAUCGCUGCAACGCUGCCUUCAAGUAUUAAUUAAGCCGUCGUUUACAGGUUUAAUAUAUUUGCAUGAAAAGCAUAAUAUUUGAUAAAUCUGUCUUGUAUUGCAAUCAAAGGCCCAAUAAAGACCUAAACCUCGUUUAUACCAUUUGGUGUUGAUCACAAAGAAGGACUAACAGUUUUCUCUAUAGCUGCAUCACGUGCUGGACAAAUAUGAAGUUAUAGCAUAGAUUGUUUAUAAAAUGAACGAAAAUAUGUUGUGAAACUAUAUUUCUAGUACAUUCAUCUUACAUAAAUGGAUUAGUCUUUCUUGGAAAUUUCUACACAUUUCCUGGAAAUUUCUACACAAAAGCGAAUUUAAUGAUCACGCGUCAUCAGAAUCGUCAUUUUCUUCCAGGAAACAACUGAUUUCCUUGUCAAAACUGGCAAAACGUAAAUAUAAACAUCGUAUUAUUAUAUCUUCACGUACAGAUUGCAGUAGUAAUGUAACACACUUCAAAACUUUAACCUAAAAGGAAACAACAAAGUACAUUCCCAAUUUCCCAUUCUCGGUGGCAAAACUAGAACGCCAGUUAAGGGAUUGAUAUUCAUAUAUGCAACUCAAUUUGGCGCAAAUCUGACAAAAAGAUCAAGCAUAAUAUAUAAAAUUAAAGUGAAAUAUAAAAGAGAUAAAUUGAGUAUGUAAAGUAGAAAAGUAAAUAAUUAUAUAUUUAUAGUAUUUGUAAUGAGUAACAAUAUUUAUAGAGUCAAAAAAUUAUGUAAGGUUGAUUAAAAAUAUGUAAAUCAAGUCUGAGAGCGAGCUCCGUGUGCCUGAUGGAAAGCAGUGGAUAUGGUAGAAGUUUGAGGCUCUUACUUUUUAAUGCGGAGUUCUUAUUUUUCAAAGAAAUAAUUAACUUAUAAAUAGCAGGUGUCAAAAGCGUCUUCUUUCUUGGUAACCAAACAACAUUGUUUACCAAGUUACACUGAGGACUGAAUUAAAUCAAAUUUUACGAAUAAAAAAGAUUUACAAUAAUCAAUAACUGGUCAAUGCAAAAUUCAAGUGAAUUCAAUCUUAUAUUCUAAAAUUCAGUAAACCGUAAACCCUUUUAAACUGUCUAAAAACAACAUAGGUACAAAUGAAUUUUCUUAGGUUGAUUAUCUCCAUGGAAACUCGAAGCAAGGCUAAAAAGUCCGCAAUACCAGACUCAAAACGUCCUGAACUCAAACGUGAAUCUGAAGCAAUGAAAAAGAAAAAGCAGACAACGACAUCAAAGACUAGGCAAAUUUCUAGGAAAAGAAAGCGUUUGCCUAGUGGCUCAGACAAUGUUGAUGGCCCACCUCCAGAAAAGAUGAAUCAAGACGAAAUCGAUAUUGUUGAUGGUGGAGCAGUCACGUACAAUGUAAAAAAAGGACGUCUUAUUAUAAUUAAUAAUGUUGAGGGAGAAAACAAAGACGUUUUCCCUGAUCGCGCGGGGAGUUGGGUUGAUGCAGAAAGUCUAUUGAAAUGUUUCGAACGUAUUGGUUUUUGUGAAAAAGUAGUUCAUUGUAACAAAACGUGUGCAGAAAUGGAGGAGACGUUCAACGAGUUGGCUCGAGUUGAUUACUCUAAUGUUGAUUGUGUUGUUGUUGCUAUCUUGACCUAUGGUGAGAAACCAGACAAACUCAAAGGUGUGGAUGGUGAAUCUGUUUCAUAUGAGAAAUUGAUAUCGCCAUUUUUUCGUUGUUAUAAUCGAACUUUAAUUGGCAAGCCAAAGAUAUUCAUCAUACAAGCUUGUCUUGGUGAACAGCCAGAGCUUGGAGUAAGAGAAACAGGGAAAGAAAUGUUGAUGAUGAAGCUAGCAAAUCAUUAACAAAGGAGCACAGGGAUCAUUAUCUCAAAAUCUUUUCAAACAUGCAUGAUAAUUAUGUGGCAUAAAUUAAACUUUUAUGAAUGUACUAAUUAAAACUGUCAACCGAAAA